AUGCAAGUUUCUCUUCCUAUGAAGAAACAAAUGGGUUUGCAGCUUCUCACAGCACUGCUUUUCCUCCUUCUAACAGGACUUGGCAUUUUAGGGAAUAUGUCUGUUUUUGUGAAUUAUGUGCACAGCUCAGGGGGAGGUAUUGAGAAGAACUGUGCACAAUUGAUUCUCAUCCAUUUGGUUCUGACAAAUACCAUGCUGCUUCUGACCAAAGGAUUGCCAAAGACAAUAGCAGCUUUUAGGUUGAAUUAUUUUCUAAGUAUUAUGGGCUGCAGAAUUACCCUUUACCUGGAGAGGGUGUCUCGGGGCCUUUCCAUCUGCACCAGCAGUCUCCUCACAGUGGUCCAGGCCAGCACCAUCAGCCCCAGAGCUUCUGUGUGGAGGAGGCUCAAGCCAAGGUCUGCAUGGCAUGUCCUUCUCUUGUUGCUUUUCUUUUGGAUUCUCAAUUGCUUCAUUAGCAUGAGCUUGCUAAAUAUUAUCAUCAUAACUGACAUGAAUUCAUCUCACUUUAGUAGUGACCACUACUGUUCUACUCAACCAGGAAAUCUAAAAAUCAACAAUAUUUUUGUCACUUUCAUGGCCGUGAGAGAUGCCGUGUCUCCAAUUAUCAUGGCUGUGGCCAGUGGCUACAUGGUAUUUCUUCUCCACAAGCACCACCAGCAUGUUCUAUAUCUUCGAAACUCCAAGCUUCUCUACAAAACUCCCCCUGAGAUGAAAGCUGCUCAAAGUAUUCUUCUCCUGAUGCUUUCUUUUCUUUUCUUUUAUUUGACAGAUUGCUUGCUGUCUUUAUAUUUAAUUGUCGCCUCAGAGCCUAUUUCCAUACUAGCACGUGUUCAAGAAUUAGCAACCCUGGGUUAUCCUUUUCUCAGUCCGUUUGUACUGAUUCAUAGAGAUGAACAUCUGCCUGAAUGUUGGCAGGCUCAGUGGACCAAAAGGCAUUGA